AUGGAGACAGGAGGCAAGACCCCUACGCCUCCCGGAUCAAACGCUCCCGCAGAGCCAACUCCUAUGGACGAGUCCGCGGCUCCGAGUGCGGCUGUGGCGGUACCGACAUCCCAAUCCCCGCCGAAUCCGUCAAACGAGUCGACGAAUAACGAGCAAACUGGCGCAGCUCAAGCUGCCCAGCAACCGAGCUCAGCGCAGCCCCCCUCUCAAGCGCAAUUUCCCCAUGCGACGUCUGCGCAGUACCAGCCGUCCCCUCAGACGCCCCAUUUGGUGCAGUAUCAGCACGCGGGUGCCCCCGGACAUUCCCAAGAGCAUCCACCGAUCGCUCAAGGGCAUCCCGGCUUUCCGCAUUACGCCCAAGGUCAGGUCACCCCUGGGAUGCCUGGGCAGGCAGCGCCAGGAGGUCCCAACCUCGUCCCGGGUCCACAAAAUCAUCCUAUGGGGAUUCCGGUGGCUCAAGGUGUGGUCCAAGUACCUCAUCCCGGCAUGAUUCCGACGUCGCAGGCUCAUACAGGGGUAGUUCAGGCAGUUCCCGGACACUCCGGAGUCAUACCCACGUCACAGGUCGGAGGUAACCUUCAGCCUCUGCAAGGACAUCAAGGGACGCCCCCGCAAGGCCACUCAGGGGGUCAGCCCCCACAAAGCCAUCCGGCAAUUCAUGGAGCUCAGCAAGCUCAUCCCGGUGCGUCCCCCUCACCCCAAAGUCAGCCAGGUGUAGCACCAUCUGCGCAAGGUCUCGCGAGCAAUGCCGCGGCAAGCCAGCCACCCGCCGGGAGUGCUCCACCUCAGGGUCCUCCGAGCGGAGCUCCUGCGCAAGGACACCCAGGCAGCGCACCGUCGCCCCAGACACAUGCCCCGCCGCAAGGUCAUCCGGGAAAUGCCCCGCCGCAAGGUCAUCCGGGAAAUGCCCCGCCGCAAGGACAUCCGGGAAAUGCCCCGCCGCAAGGACAUCCGGGUAAUGCCCCGCCGCAAGGACAUCCAGGGAAUGCUCCGCCGCAAGGACAUCCAGGGAACGCUCCGCCUCAGGGACAUCCAGGAGUUGCACCCAGUCCGGGACUUCCAGGUCCCGUCUCGCAUCCGCUUGGUCACAUGGGACACCCAGGCCCGGGUCAGCAAAUGCCCAGUCACAUGGGGUCCGCACCCUCGUCUCAAGCACACCCUGGAGCAAUACAAUCCUCCCAAGGCCAUCCCACAACCAUUCAGCACCCUCAGGGACACCCAGUGACGCUACCGUCUCAAAUUCAUCCGGGCCAAAUGCCGCCGCACCAAACUCAUCCAGGCACGAUGCCGGGCGUCGUGCAAGUCCCCGAGCGAUGCAACAACAACAGCAGCAACAACAAACACCCCCAACUCAUCCUGGUGGACCACAAGCUCAUCAGAGUCAUCAAGGUGCGGGUCCGACUCCUCAAUCCCAUCCGGGUUCAAAUCCAUCUCCGCAGGGCCAUCCAGCUCCCGGACCUCCUCCGCAAGGGCAUAUGA